CUCCUCUCUUUUACUGUCAGUUCUGGUUUGCCCAUCUCUGCGUGUACUUCAAGGUCUUCUUACUGAUGCUUCAAGAUGAACACAACAGUUGAGGCCAUUACUGAAGGCUUUAACACAACUAAGUUUGACAACGUGUCCCACAGCAAGCCUGAUCUCAGACCAGUGAAAACACCUAACUCACCUAACACAGCAUCUCGACCUGAUUGGAUACUCUACACAGUUCCUGCAUCAGCCUUUCUGAUUGGGAUUGUUCUGUUUACGUACGUCUGCAAAACACAACGACGCAGAAAUGCACCUGCAAUGCAGAAGACAAACACAAAUGGACACUUUGCCACUUACACCGACUUUGGGUUCACUAAGAGCGCUACUCAGAGACAUAUGGAGACCAAUAAAAACAACAAGAAGGAUGACACGCAGUCCUAUGAGAAUGUAGAAGCAGCUAUCUACAGCAAUCAAGACAAAGUCACAUAUUAUGUUUCUGCAGAUGAAGAUUAUCUUAACCCGGAUGCAAUGGGGGAAGAGGAAGUGCCAGGGCCAGAAAAACUUCACAACAACACUCUACAACUACCUAGCAAUUUGACCGAUACGGAUGGAGAGUCAUAUGAGAACAUGGAGGGGUGUUUAUAUGCUCUGCCUCGCAAACAAACACAGCAACUCCAGGACGCCGCUGAAGAUGACGACUAUAUCAAUCCUGAUGAAGAUAGAAAACAAGAUCUCGCUCUGGACCAAACAGACACUGAGUCGUAUGAAAUUAUGGUUGGAUCAGACUGUCCUGUGUACACGACCCAUGACACCACGGAGGAUGAUUCAUAUGAACAGAUGAACGGAAUCCCAGUCCUGAUCUAGAAAGAAAUGGAUGGAAGAAGAGAGGGUGAAUGAAAGAGAUGCAGAGAAACAGACAACUGCAGUAAAACUGCAAUUUUUAAAGAGAGACAAAAGAGAAAAACUGAGUUUCUUUUUAAGAUUAAGACCUAGCAGCUACAGGAUGCGUAAUAGUUAUUUGUUAUUUUUACAAAUAAGUACUGAAAUCAAAAUAGACUGUUUAAUUUCUUUAAUAAUUUUUGUGUGCAUUGUUUUUUUUUGUCUCUCUCUCUCACAUAACCAAAGGCACACAGACCAAAAACAUAAAUCAAAUUUCACUAUGCAAUCAAAUCAAAUCCUGUAUUCAGUCCCCCGAUGAAUAUUUCACUAGAAAUGUCACAUGACAGAAUUUGAAACACUUGCGAAUGACACUUCACGUCAUUUGUAGACCUUAAAACAACAGUUUGUACAAUUUUUUUUUUUACAUUGAAAUAUCAGUUUCAAAAUCUCUCCGGCUUCCGUUUCUUUCUCUUGCCCCCCUUAAACGUCAAACACUGUAAGUUUGGUGAGUGGGUACAAAUUUCAGCUAAAAGUGCGGUCUGCUUUACGGCAGCAACAAAUGCACUUGAUGCACAGCCAGGAGUGGUCUGUAAUUACAACAGUGGUACAUUUGUGUGUGUGUGACGUCCUGGUCAUGUCUUACUUAAAAAUGCAAAUUCAUAAUUGAAAUGUAUUCCUAAAUAAUGAAUAGUUAUUUGAAUAGAAAACUGAUUUUUUUUAUUCAGUAUUGUUUGUUUGAAGCCUUGAUUUUAAGAUAUAACCAAGAUGUUUCUUUGUGGAAGUCACCAACUGGGUUGCAAUUGUAAAGAGCUUCCUGAACACUGUAUAUUGUUUUAUUGCUGUACUAAUAUUAAAAUAUCCGUCACAGUAAA